AGACAUUGCUCGCUUGUUAAAUGAAGAAAUAGGUCCUCGAGACAGUGACUACGUUGCUUCAGUUCUUGGGGACUACUUUUGUGAUGAAACUAGUGAGACAGACUAUGAAGCAGUAGAAGAUAUGGAAGAAGAAGAGGUAGAGGAAGAGAAAGAAGAGAAAGAGACAAAAGAUUGUGAUGAAGAUAUUAAUCCACCACUGUUUGAUCCUGAGGUGGCUGUGGAGCUACAAGUAUCAGAUCUUGAUUUAGAAUCAGCGAUGCCUGAUGCUCCAGCUACUUCAACUACUCACUCUGGUGAUGACAUGAGGAAGGAAGACCUACAGGAGGAAGAAUUAUCAAAGUUCUUUGAACAUGGAUGUGGUUGCUCAGAUAAUUGCUAUGCACUGUUCAGUCACUCUUACAUAAAAACAUAUAGAUGUGACAUACAAGCCAUGGCAAAGCCAGUUCAAGAAAUUGCUAUUAUGAGUCAAAUGGCAGCAACAUCUACCAUGGGGGGAUUGUCGACUGGCAACCACAGGAGACAGAAUGAGAGAAAGAGGCAAUUUUUUACGUUCAUGCAUCAAGGUCAUAAGGUUUGUAACUAUGAGUGACACA